GCUCAAUAGAGGGCGAUCGUCUAUUGCAAAAAAAUUGCCAAACGACCGACGCUACAUACCGCUCGAUUCUGUGUUAGGCCUACCAAAACUGAUUAUGGCCACGAAUUUGCUUGGAGACGGAGACCAUGAUGAUUUCAUGGACUUCCAAGAAGAAUUAGCAGGAUCAAGUUCAAAUCUAGCGGAUCGGAAGUUUGAUGCUAUCAUUGGUCAUAUUGAAGAUAUCAUAAUGGAGGAUGGUUUCCACAGUCUGAAAGAUGACUUCAUGGAAAAGCAUUAUGAAGUGUUUGAAGAUACAGAGGAGAACAAGUUUGAAUACACAGACAUCUUUAAUCAAUAUACAAGACUGAUAGAGAAGUACAUUGAAGAACAACUGACUGCUAGGAUACCUGCUUUCUGUAUGGAGGAGUUUCUCAAGCAAUUACUGAAAAGGAAAGACAAGUUGGAAGGAGAAAUCUUUGAGAUUCUCUACACAUUCAGUGACUUUGUAGCAUUCAAAGAAUUAAUGGUGGAUUACAGAGCGGAUAAGGAGGGUACAUGUAUUGAUAUGGGUGACAAUCUCAUAGUAACUCCAUUCACCGUCAACAACACCAAAGCAGCACCAUCAUCAUCAUCAUCCUCCUCCAAACCAGCAUCAGGGUCAUCAUCAACAUCAGGGCCUUCAGAAGCAACGGGAUCGUCAUAACAGAUUCAGGUUUUUAGUCCAGUUGAAGUUUUAUCAGCAGUAGUGUUUCUUUCUUUGAUAGUUCUAUCAUAGGUAUUCAGUACUUACUCCUGUAAAUUGGAAUGUUGUGAUGGAGGGCAAUGAAAGACACAUUUUGUAGAAAUGUAUUUAUCCGCUUGUUUGUACUUAUGCUGGAGAACAGGAAUGUGUUCUGUACUAAAUGGCAGUUUUACUCAAUUCUUUGGAUUCACAGAACUUUAAAACAAGUGUCCAUUUUGGGCGAGGUGUAUGUUUUCCAUGUUACAUUGCUCAAAAAAGGCAAGAAAUGAAUAACUCCAUAUUAAAAAUGCAAAGAAUGUCAUGUGAUAGCAGUUUUAUUUACUUUCUGCAUUAUAACAUUCCUGCUUUGAAUAACUUACAGAGGGUGGUAAUAUGCACAUCAAAUGUGAAGGAACUUCAUCCAGGUAUCGCAGUAAAGUGUUGGGGUAGUAAUAGUAGUAGUAAUGGGUGGUAAAAGUUGAAGUAUAUAUUGGCAGGCAUGCAUACAUGUAUGUGACCUAGGACUGUACAACUUUGUAGUAUAAAGUGACAAUCGCAUAGUAAUUUCAUCAUUCAUCAAUUUUAGUUGGGGGGGGGGGGGGGGGGGGGGGUUCUGUGCAAGAAAUUAACAUUAAUUUUGGUUGUAAAUUUGCAAUCUGCAAUAUGUACCUUCUCUUUUCUCCUGAAAUGGUAAAAUUUCAUUUAUAGGACAUUCUGAUAUGAGCUUCUUAAAAAAAAACGAAAUGAAACUUAUCAAAAAUGUGUGAACUUGCUGGUUUUAAAGAUAGCUUGGUUACUUACAUUAUAUUUGAUUUGUGCUAGCAACUGUCAGCCUCAGAACAAACUAUAUGCAUACAUGCAGCAAGAAUAACCUCUAAAUUAUUGAUUACCCAGAUUGUCUAGAAUAACAUGAAACCACUGCACACAGUGUUGAAAUUAUUUUACUAGGGGAAGUAUGUACAUUUGAUCCAGAGCCCUGAAAAAUGAACAUAAACUACCACUAGCAGGAAUGAAGAUGUGAGAAUUGCAUGAUUUUAUACUUGAGCAGUAAAUUUUUGGUUUUGUUAAAACAAUAUUCUUGGUCUACAAUCAUACAAUGUUACUAAUACUAUCCAAACAUGGUAUCAUUACAUGUUCAUGAUUCAAGUUACUUAACAUUUUUAUUUUCUGUGCCUUACUAGAUUAUGACACAAGUAAAAAUGCUGAUAUUACAGAGCAUGUCAUAUUUAAAACCUGUUUUUGCUUUAAAUAAAUAUGUUUAGAGGACAGUGCAGAUGCGCUGAUUCAAUGCAUUGCAUACAAACUCAUUUCUUGUAGAUUUGCAUGUAUUUGAAAGUAAGAAUGAUGUAUUGUGUAAGUGCCACAAAGUACAUGUUACAGGUUAAUGAUUUUCAUUAUUUUUUAAAAUCUCGUCUUCUUUCUCUCUAACCGAAAAAUGUGAGUCCUACCACAAUUUAAUAAAUUUGCAGCACAACAGAGUUUGAAUCGAUUUGUUUGCCUUGCUUAACCAUAGUAGUGAUUAUAAUUUUCAUGGCAACCUAUUAAUAUACCUUUACCUCUCAUAAUAAUUGGACGUUAUACAACAAAUUUACACCUUGAUAAACGUAAUCAGUACUCCGUCCUAAAUAAAGAUGACCUUGAUUAUUCUUGUUAGCUCUAAUAAUUUAUUCUUUGUAAAGUGAAAUGUAACGCACUUGAUGAAAUGUGUUCAUGAAUAGUGACCUUUACAUUCUAUUUGUUGAUUUCUUUUCAACCUAGAACCUUGUUUUUUCCAAUAUAUUUGAUGAAAACAUUUCAACCUCUAAAAGUAAAUAGAUUAUGAUAAUUUAAAAGAAAGGACUAUAUUCAUUUUUAAGGGCAAUUCUAUAGCCCUAAAUGCUCAAAUGUUUGCUCUUAGCUUGCUAUAACUAUACUGGAUAGACUGUUAAAUGAGUAUCUUUGACUAAAUAUAUAUGAGCUGAUUGCAAUCAUAUUCAGGAUUGCAUCUAGUUUUCGUUUUCGGUGAUCCAUAGAAUAUAUCUUGUGUUACUUACUCAAGUUUGAAAGAUGUAGAUAUGUACUAUUUGUAUCAUAAGUGUUUAAAAUCAGAUGUUUUUGCAGUGAAGAUGACAUUAUAUCUUAGUAGUACGUGUAUUAGAAGUUCAAGCAUAUCUUCCUCAUUAUAUCAUGUGCAUCCCACUUCAGUCCAUUUCUAGGAUGAGGACCAAUCUAUUUCAUAACAAUUUUCUACUCUCCAUUAAAUUUCUGUUGUAAGUUAUGAGAGAUAUCAAGUAGGAUGAAAUACAUUUCAUUGAUUUCAUGUGUAGUGUUGGAAUCCACUUGAGACAUGUAGUUAUAAUUAUGAUUACAUGGGGUACUCAUUGGUCUCUCAUAACUAUACAAAUAUUCAUGUUUCCAUGGCAUACAGUAUAGUGAUGCUUUAAUGUAUCAGUCAGUUUUUAACUUUGGCCUUAAAAAAAAGGUUGCCCUUUGCAAUCUAGCCCAAAAUCUUGGAAUCUAUGGUCAGCUUUUUGAAAAAGUUUUUGUUGUUAGUUACUGUUUUUAGAGAAGAAAAAAAAUAAAGCAUUCAAAACUGAGAAAUAUCAGCCCAAAGAGUGAGAAAAAAAAAAAAAAAGAUUUCUUACCAACCGACCCAUGUUUUGGCACCUAAAGGGCGAUACAACCCCUUUUUAUUUUUUUUAUUUUUUAGGCCUUAUCAAACUUAUCUCCUUCAAAGCUGGAAUACUUUCUAUAUUAAUGUGAUUAUCUUGAUAAAGUGGGAUGCUUGAAAAUGACAUGUUAGAAUUUUGUGUUGUACUAUUCUUGAACAGUUUGCUAAAUGUAUUCAAAACUUGCUUUCUACAGUUCUAACUGAAUAUACUCUUUGAGAUUCUGUAAUAAUUCUUUGAUUGUAAAUAAAUUGUAUUUAUACUUCACUGCAAAUAAAGUUAUUGUUAUUAUGACAA